CGAGCGGUAACUGACAGCGCGCGUGCUCUCUUCAUUCUACUAUAUUUCACUAUGAUGGAUACUGACGAACCGUGCCAAGUCCUUAACGGCAUUUAAAGUCCCCAGAAAUGAUGCAUGAAUCCGUUGCAUCACUGAGCAUUACAACAACCAUGAACCAGUCUGUGAACCAGUCUAUGAACCAGUCUGAGAUCUUGACAUGCGAACUGCCAUACAAGGAAGACCGGAUUCCUCUAAUGGUGCUUUACAUUGUUGUUUUUGUCAUCGGCUUGCCAGCCAACCUGGUCACCGUCUACCUGACCCUAUACCAAGUGUGUCAUAAAAACGUUUUUGGCAUCUACCUGCUGAGCCUUUCCGUGUGCGAUCUCACCUACCUGUUUACACUGCCCGUGUGGGCCGUGUACUUCAACAAACACCACGAGUGGCCCUGGAGCUCUGCGGCUUGCAAAGUAACCGGCUAUGUUUUUUUCAACAGCAUGUACAUCAGUAUAUUUCUGCUGUGCUUCAUUUCCAUCGACCGCUAUGUGGCGGUGGUUUAUGCUGUUGAAUCCAGGGGUCACCGGCAUAAAAGGAUCACUGCUUUCAUAGCCAUUUUAGUCUACGUGGUGGUGUGCUUGGUUCACCUGCCCGUCUUUAUCAUGCGGGAGGGGAAUGUGGCCAAGGACAGUCCUCGCUGCUUCGAACCCGGCCAGAGUACGGCGAUUGUAACAGGAUUCAACUACGCCCGCUUCUGCGUUGGGUUUUGCGUCCCUCUGGGCAUUCUGAUUUUCACCAACAGGGCUAUUCUUGCCAAUGUUCAGGCCAGCACAGGACUCCUCCCCCAACAGAAAGAAAAAGUUCGCUAUCUGGCUGUGGCAGUCGUGGCUUUGUUUUUGGUUUGCUUCGCUCCUUACCACAUUAUCUUGCUUAUACGUGCCAUUACCUAUCACUUUCCUAAGAUACAAGAUGAGUGCGACUUUCAGCGUAGUGUCUACACGUCCUACAAAAUCUCACUGGGUCUGUCCACUUUGAACAGUGCCAUUAACCCCAUUCUCUACGUGCUCUCGAGUAAUAACAUCCGGAAGGAGAUCCGAAUAAGCAUGGAAGCACUCUGUAACAGAAUGAGUCGGCCAUCAACACCCAGUAGUCAACAUAACACGCACAGUUCUAAAAACAAUUCAGGACCUGUUCCCACAAAGGGAGAUGAAGGGAACGCAACUUGUCCCAUUUCGUGCUAAAAGAAUUCAUUAAUUUGUCAUUUGUUUGCUUGAUGCUUCAGCAGACCUUUGCUAUGACAUUCAGUUUUGUUACACAACAACACUUUUUGAGGUAGCUUGAAAUGAGACCCUGAUCUUACAUCACUAGGUAAUUUUUUACUUAAAUAAAAAAACUUCUCAUCAAUUUGUUUGAACUGAAUAUCUUGCAUUCGACUACAGCAUGCUUUUUACCUGUUUGAAUAGCAUGAAAUAGUCUUGCUGUCUAGCGUUGAAGCUUUUUUGACCACAAAUCACCCAACUUAGACAGGAUGGAACCACGUCACCCGUACAGCACACGUACAAGACAGGAUGGAGCCACAUGUUCAACAGUGUGAGUGAUUAUAUAAUUGCAGUUUUUACUCAUACAGUCUUUACUCAUAAUUUAUUGGUAAAUUGCAGUUAAGAUGUCAUGGGUGAACAGAACCGUUCUGGUAAAUCAGUGUUGCCAAAUUAACAGGAUGUAAGAUUACUGGUAAUUUAUCUAUCUAUAACUUCAUCUAUAUGAAUGAAAUGACGUCAUACCGCACUGACAGCUUCGGGCCAAUCAUAACGUUUUGAAACAGGUGACGCGUUCUGUUUACGGACGUUUCCACACGCACGCUGCUUAAAAGUCAGUGCAACUGAAAUUAACGUCCACAUUUCUUCACCAAAGUUGUUGACGUACUUAGCACACUUUUAACAGCUGUUCAAAACGCAGGUUGCGUCUCUUCCAAGUUAAGUUACGUUUGAAAUCACCUAAUGCAAUGUUGUUUGGUCACGAGCAAUUUCGCAACUGUCAGCAUUUGCCACAGACGUAAAAACAACAAAAUACGGACCGUGGAUAUGAAGGACGUGGAUUGUUUACAAAUACAACACUGAGUUGGCUGCGCGCGCGGCACAGGUAACUUCCGCUUUCUCACAGAGUUUACUUUAAUACGGAUGUGUGAAUGAUGUGAUGCCUUUACUGUUAAAAGAUGGAAUGUCACUGCCUGUGUGAACAGCACCUUAUUGUAUUUACUGGUAAAUUUAUUCUGGUAAAUUCAUGGUAAUUUACCGAAGUUACUGUGUGAAAGAGGCUACUGUCAAACUCUGUAAGUAACAGUCCUUUGUGUGCGAGAGAGAGAGAGAGAGUCUCAGUCUAUGUCUUUGUGAUUGACUGCUGUGUAGCUAUAAGUAUAUUCACCAUACAAAUUAAACGAUAUGCAAAAAUCAUCCAUUUAACCUACCUAAAUAUACAUAUGUGUCUUUCACUCAAGUGUAGAGAACUCUCACGCAAGUGUAACUGUGUUACUAUGGUAACCAAUGUUUAUAGUAGCGGAUUAAUUUCGAACUGUAAUCAAACUGACUGGAACUACCUGUGCAUUAUACGGUUUUAAUGCACACCUUCCAGCCAAUCAGAAUGGAGUAUUUAUACAGCCCGUGGUAUAACAGAGUUUGAUGGUAACAGAAUUGAUACAAGAGUAAUUCAGACAACAGGAAAUGAUUUUUAGCUAUUUAAGACAGUUUUUACAGAAAAUAUUUUAUUAUUAUGGCCUGUAACAUCUUGUGAUUCAUGACAAUAAUUUCCAAAUUAAUAAAAUAAUUAAAAAUAGAACAAUUUGAAAUAAACAAAUACUUUGGACACCCAAUCUCCCAUAAGUUAUUGUUUGCAAAUGUAACAGUAGUCACACGUAUUUGAGUAUUUUGCAGUAGUUUUACUUUUAUUUACAUUAUAAUUAUUUCCACCAUUUUGUAUUCUUUUUUUUUCACCUCAUUUGUGGCUCAUUUGGAGAUGUCUGAACUAAAAUAUGAUGGACAAUUAUUUUUAAAUAUCUAAAUAACAACUUGUUUAUAAUAGCAUUUAAAAUUUGAUACAUAAACGCAAAAUAUUCAAAUAUGAAUCACUGAAUGCCACCACUGAAUGCUGCAUUGACCUAUUUCAUCUGUGUGGUUAUGAAAUGUGUGACAGGUGUAUAUAAGCCUUUGUGGUAAAUGCAGCAGUACUACAUGCUUCCUUUGUCACGAUUUCACUGCACAAAAAUGUUUUUUUUUCUGUCAUACAAAUGUUUCACACGAAAUGUUUUUUUCUUAUGGUUAUCACUCACAUCUUAAAGUCAUAGUUUCCUCUUAUAUCUCAGCUUGAAGGUGUGAAAUUACAGCUGCUUCUGGAAAUUAUUCAUCAACUGAACCACAUGUUGUGAAUUUGCAUUGUUUGGUUUAAAGAAAGGUAUUUUACAUUGAUAGUUUUUGGUUUUAAAAUGCAUAAUGGAAACCCAGAGCUAGUUGAGUCUUGCUUUUUAUGUAGGGCCAUUUCCUUUUGUUCUGCCCUUCAUCUUUUUUUCUUUUUUUCUUUAUGCCACAAAGCUAUCCUUCUUGAUAUGGUUCAAGAUGUGUGAAUUAUUAAUGUAUAAACAAAGAGAGGCUCCUGCUGUCCUUAUUCGUCAGAAAAAUCUGUAUUUAUCAUCAGUCUCGUUUCUGUUUAUCUACCCCCCCUUUCUCUAUCUGUGGGAUUUUUUAUAAUAUUUUAAAAUUCUUAUUAUUAGUUGUUUAUUUAUUUAUCACAUUUUUAUAUACAGUAUGGAGCAUAUCUUUGGUCUGCAUGUGUUAAAACAUUUAAAUAUUUAUUUGACUCCUUUGUAAUAUGUGCUGUGUAGUUUUGAGUUGCAUGCUGAUGUCUAUUUCCACUUUGAUCUCAGUGAUCUCACUGUGGCACAUUCAUUUAUGUUACAUUUAUUCAU